AUGCGCAACGUGACUGCACGACCCUGGACAGGUGAACUUGGACCGGCAGCUCCCACCUCUUCCAUUCCUUCCGUCUUGACAAACUACUCAAACGACACCUUUACUUCCUGCUGUCUCGGCGGCAGGAGCCGCCGAGAGAUUCCCCGCUACAGUGCACCUCCCCGCCCUCUCUCACACACUGUGGAGGGACAGGCUGGAACCCAGCCUACAACACAGCAGUCACCUCAGGAUGAGCAGGAAAAGCUCUUGGAUGAAGCCAUCCAGGCUGUGAAGGUCCAGUCAUUCCAGAUGAAGAGAUGCCUGGACAAAAACAAGCUUAUGGAUGCUCUGAAACAUGCUUCUAAUAUGCUUGGUGAACUCCGGACUUCUAUGUUAUCACCAAAGAGCUACUAUGAACUUUAUAUGGCUAUUUCUGAUGAACUACACUAUUUGGAGGUCUACCUGACAGAUGAAUUUGCUAAAGGAAGAAAAGUGGCAGAUCUCUAUGAACUUGUACAGUAUGCUGGAAACAUUAUCCCAAGACUUUAUCUAUUGAUCACAGUUGGAGUUGUAUACGUCAAAUCGUUUCCUCAGUCCAGGAAAGAUAUUUUGAAAGAUUUGGUAGAAAUGUGUCGUGGUGUGCAACAUCCCUUGAGAGGUUUAUUUCUUCGGAACUAUCUUCUUCAGUGUACCAGAAAUAUCUUACCUGAUGAGGGAGAGCCAACAGAUGAAGAAACAACUGGUGAUAUCAGUGAUUCCAUGGAUUUUGUACUACUCAACUUUGCAGAGAUGAACAAGCUCUGGGUGCGAAUGCAACAUCAGGGACAUAGCCGAGAUAGGGAAAAAAGAGAACGAGAAAGACAAGAACUCAGAAUUUUAGUGGGAACAAAUUUGGUGCGCCUCAGUCAGUUGGAAGGUGUAAAUGUGGAACGUUACAAACAGAUUGUUUUGACUGGGAUAUUGGAACAAGUUGUGAAUUGUAGGGAUGCUUUGGCUCAAGAAUAUCUCAUGGAGUGUAUUAUUCAGGUUUUCCCUGAUGAAUUCCACCUUCAAACUUUGAAUCCUUUUCUCCGGGCCUGUGCUGAGUUACACCAAAAUGUAAAUGUGAAAAACAUAAUCAUUGCUUUAAUUGAUAGAUUAGCUUUAUUUGCUCACCGUGAAGAUGGACCUGGAAUCCCAGCAGAUAUUAAACUUUUUGACAUAUUUUCGCAGCAGGUGGCUACAGUAAUACAGUCUAGACAAGACAUGCCUUCUGAGGACGUUGUGUCUUUACAAGUCUCUCUCAUUAAUCUUGCUAUGAAGUGUUACCCUGAUCGUGUGGACUAUGUUGAUAAAGUUCUAGAAACUACAGUGGAGAUAUUUAAUAAGCUCAACCUUGAACAUAUUGCUACCAGUAGUGCAGUUUCAAAGGAGCUCACCAGACUUUUGAAGAUACCUGUUGACACUUACAACAAUAUUUUAACAGUCUUGAAAUUAAAACAUUUUCACCCACUUUUUGAGUAUUUUGACUAUGAGUCCAGAAAGAGCAUGAGUUGUUAUGUGCUUAGUAAUGUUCUGGAUUAUAACACCGAAAUUGUCUCUCAAGACCAGGUGGAUUCCAUAAUGAAUUUGGUAUCCACAUUGAUUCAGGAUCAGCCAGAUCAGCCCAUAGAAGACCCUGAUCCAGAAGACUUUGCUGAUGAGCAGAGUCUUGUGGGCAGAUUCAUUCAUCUUCUACGGUCUGAGGACCCUGACCAGCAGUACUUGAUUUUAAACACGGCACGAAAACAUUUUGGAGCUGGUGGAAAUCAACGGAUUCGCUUCACACUGCCACCUUUGGUAUUUGCAGCUUACCAGCUGGCGUUUCGCUACAAAGAGAAUUCUAAAGUGGAUGACAAAUGGGAAAAAAAAUGCCAGAAGAUUUUUUCAUUUGCUCACCAGACUAUCAGUGCUUUGAUCAAAGCAGAGCUGGCAGAAUUACCCUUAAGACUUUUUCUUCAAGGGGCUCUAGCUGCUGGAGAAAUUGGUUUUGAAAAUCACGAAACAGUAGCAUAUGAAUUUAUGUCCCAGGCAUUUUCUCUGUAUGAAGAUGAAAUCAGUGAUUCCAAAGCACAGCUUGCUGCCAUCACCUUGAUCAUUGGUACUUUUGAGAGGAUGAAGUGCUUCAGUGAAGAGAAUCAUGAACCUUUGAGGACUCAGUGUGCACUUGCUGCAUCCAAACUUCUGAAGAAACCAGAUCAGGGCCGAGCUGUGAGCACCUGUGCACAUCUCUUCUGGUCUGGCAGAAACACAGACAAAAAUGGGGAAGAGCUUCAUGGAGGCAAGAGGGUAAUGGAAUGCUUAAAGAAAGCUCUGAAAAUAGCAAAUCAGUGCAUGGACCCCUCUUUACAAGUGCAACUUUUUAUAGAAAUUCUGAACAGAUAUAUCUAUUUUUAUGAAAAGGAAAAUGAUGCGGUCACAAUUCAGGUUUUGAACCAGCUUAUCCAAAAGAUACGAGAAGACCUCCCAAAUCUUGAGUCCAGUGAAGAAACAGAGCAGAUUAACAAACAUUUUCAUAACACACUGGAGCAUUUGCGUUUGAGGCGGGAGUCACCAGAAUCUGAGGGGCCAAUUUAUGAAGGUCUCAUCCUUUAAAAAGGAAACUGGCUCACCAUACUUCUUUCCAUGUACAUCCAGUAAGGGUUUUAUUAUACUAGGUUUCCCCUCCAUAGAUUGUGCCUUUCAGAAAUGCUGAGGUAGGUUUCCCGUUUCUUACCUGUGAUGUGUUUUAGCCAGCACCUCCGGACACUCACCUUCAGGACCUUAAUAAAACUAUUCACUUCAUAAGUGCUCAAUCUGUCUGAUCACCCCAGGUAGCAUGAUUGAUCUGCUAUUUAAAACUCCUGUGAUCUGUAAACAAAACAAAACAAAAAACAAAACCCACCAAUAACAAAAAAAACAGCAAACCACCACUUAUCUCAGCUACUAAUGAAGCCCUUCUUCCUUUAUUUCGUUUUGUUGGUUGUGUAAUUUCUUUCGUUACUUGGGAGUACUAACCUGAAAGUGUCUGUCUCUUUGUUCUCUAGUCCAAUUUGAGAUUAAUUUAGAGGAAAGGGAUACUGUAUGUGAAAUUCAGCUUGGGUUUUUCCCUAAAUGCAAGAUAAGGCCAUGUAAUAUUUUCCCUAAAACUAGAAUAUAUUAAUGCAUGUUUGAGAAUUUUAAAGCACCAUGGUCAAAACCAAAAGCUAUAUUUUGCAUAUUUGGACUCCGUCAUUCAUUAAGAACCUAUGUUUUACUCUGGGCAUAUUUAUCAAAAUAAUUUUGUUCUAAAUAGCAUAAAAUAGAAAAUUCGUGAUCAGUAUAAUUUAUGUAUAACCUUCAUUGUAAAUUUAAGGGGAAAUGCAUCGUACAAUUACCAUGAUUUUUUUUUUUUUUCACCAGUGAAACAAUAAAGUUGCUAUUAACAAUUUU